AUGCUGAGCUUCAAACUCUCCAUCACCGCGGCCAUCGUCGCCGCCCUGGCCCUCUUCACCUACACCGAGGCGUGCGAGCGCGGCCUCUCUUGGGGCACCGAGGACAUCCUCGGCACCAAGAUGGGCAAGGGCUACGUCUCGUGGUACUGGCACUGGCAGGACGCCGCCAACAAGUACCUCGACCAGCGCGGCCUCGAGUUCGUCCCCUGCUUCUGGGGCCCCAAGUACCAGGACAAGUGGAACCAGAGGAAGAAGGAGAUGGCCCACGACCUCCCCAAGCACAUCCUCGCCUUCAACGAGCCCGAGAUCCCCGGCCAGGCCAAUAUGGGCCCCAAGCACGCCGCCAGGCUCUUUAUGCAGGAGAUCCAGCCCUACGCCAAGAAGGGCGUCAAGCUCUCGUCGCCCCAGAUGGUCUACAAGCUCGACUGGCUCGAGACCUUCAUGGACGAGUGCGACAAGCUCGGCUGCCAGAUCGACUUCAUGGCCCUUCACUGGUACGGCACCCACAAGGACCUCACGGCGUUCAAGAAGUGGAUCUCGUCGGUGCACAAGCGCUUCAACAGGCCCAUCUGGGUCACCGAGUACGGCAUCACGUCGGCCGCCGGCGCGUCGCAGCAGGACAUUAAGAACUUCCACAUGAAGGCCACGACCUGGAUGGAGCAGACUGGCUACGUCCAGCGCGCCUCGUGGCUCGGAUGCUUCAAGGUCAACAGCCCGCCCGACUCGUACGCCUCGAACAAGAACGCCUUCUUCAACGGCAACGGCUCCCUGCGCGACCUCGCCUACUGGUACAUCUACACGAGCGGCAGCAACUCGAAGCGCGACACCAUCCCCCACCACCGCCACCAGCGCUCGCUCCCCGGCAUGGUCCACGUCCCGCGCUCCGGCGUCGUCCACACUGACCUCGACGGCGCCACCAUCAUCGACGACGAGGACACCUUCGAGCCCUACCAGGACAUCGUCGAGUGCGACGACUACUGCCAGCUCCGCAAGGCCAGCAUCGAGAAGUUCGAGGCCAAGUACGGCCGCCUGGUCGACGAGGAGGCCGACGACGACGAGGAGGCCACCAAGGCCUAG